ACGCAUAAAAUAUCGAUAAAAACACAAGAUAUUUCAAGCUAAACUGAAAGAGAAAUCUGUCACACGUUGAGUCGACAUUUAAUUGUGGGAAAGUUGUUUUUCAAAUAAGCAAAAAAAAAACUCAGUUAGCACUGGGAUUCAAUUCAGUCCAGAGCUAGAUCCAUAGUCGAAUUCUGGCAUAAAAUAUAUUUACUGGCAGGCGGAAAACAGCCCCAACAUAAUGAAAGGCAUGUCAAAGUCAAGCUCGCAGGAGCAGAAAUCGAAGAUAAUGGUGCCCCCUGGAUUUUGGCCGGAGCAAAUCGAGCGGUGUGCUGUGCCCCAGAACCAGAUCAAGACUUUGGUCCAGGAAAGCGGCAUCAAGCCGACCACGCCGCUGUCGCUACAAUCAAAGCUAAGCUCGCAAGGCUUCGGCCCAAUAUACAUGGAGCCGGAAGUAACCCUAAGCGAAUCAGAACGAAGUUUCUGCAGCAUUUUCAAUGCAGGGCGCCAGCACAGACUGCAUCCGACUAGCAAGCUCUGGGUCCCACCCCGUUCCCAUAGAUCCAAAAGGGAGAAGACACAGAAAUACGCGGAAACAGCAGAGCCAUCGGAUACCACUGGCAACUGUUACGUAGUGUGGCAGCUCCAAACGAUGUCAUGCGCCAAAAGCCAGAUGAAGAAAGCUAAGUGCCAGCUGGCUGCCCAUGAUGUCAUGCUGUUGGCGAUCUGCAAUUACUGGUUCGAUGACCUGGAGAUACGGAUCGAGUCCGAGGUGCUUCACGUCGAUCGGUUUCUGUUCUCGCAUUUCGCCAAGAACUUUCGUGACUGCAGAGACUGCGACCUGCAGAUUCCCUUGGAGAAUGUGGACAUGUGCCUGCUGCGCAAAAUCUACGACUGGAUGCUCGGGAAUGAGCAGGGCAUUCGGAUCAACAGACAGCUGAUACCCUUCUUCCAGGCAGCCAAGUUCCUGGGCAUCGACGAGCUGCUCGACCAGUUCUGGGCCGUGUUCAGUCGGAACCCCGUCGGCGGCGUCUGGGAGCAGAAUGCCAUCGACACCUAUCUGUCGGCCCGCACCCAUCACUGCGAGCAAAUGAUGAUCAUGAUGCUGUCCCGUGUCCGCAAGGGCUUCCUGCCAUGGGUUGCCUCGCGGGAGUUCCUCGAGCUGGAUGCCCAGCAGCUGGUCUUCCUGCUGCGCUUGAAAACGAUCUGCGUGAAUGGCGAGGAGGAGGUCUUCUUCGCCUGCCUCCUCUGGCUGGAGCACGCGUGGCAGGAGCGCCAGCAAUACGUCUCCCAAUUGAUGUCCAACAUGCACUUCUGCCUUCUCCCGGCCUGGCUGCUGCGCACUGUCGAGACUCAGUGCGAGAACCAGAUGCUCGCUGAGGUUUUCAAGUCCCCAGACUUCCAGGACUGGCUCUUUGAGCAGAUCAGGGACGCUCUAUCGAUCUCCGUCAGCAUGGAGUCGGCUCGGUACGCCACUAUAUUCAAAACGCCAAAUAUCGGGGAGCUCGAACGCUCGUGGGUCUACUGCGGGGACGUGCCCCACCACCACGAUAGCCAAUGCCCGAACUAUCGACAGCUCAGCUACCGCACCUUUAAGCUGUUCCUGCAGCGCCUGCAGCAGCAGCCCGACACCUACAUGAAGAGCCUCAAGUGCAUACAAAACAGGGCCUGGCACAGCUUUCGCUGCUGUCGCGAUGUCCUCAAAACUUCAAAACAAAGCUUACCCAGAUAAAUAAUAAAAACAUACGUACAUC